GGUCUACGCAUAUUCAGUGCUUAAAGCAGGAAAAAAAGUGCAGAGAUCGAGCACCUCGGUCCUCAGUUGGUUUCUUUGCGAGUUUGCAUGCGCCGUGCGGGUAGGGUUCCUUUCUUGUUCUUCCACAAUGCAACUGGGAAAAUUUAUAAGCAAUAGUCAAGCAAGUUAAAUACGGUAGGGUUCCUUUCGUGUGCGUGUACCGAUUGAUGGAAGUUGCAGAGAUUUUUGAGUCCUACUAGAGGUCUUCUUAUUCGUCUGCUCGUCUACAACAACGAUGUCUACCUUGGAAAUCGAAGCUCGAGAUGUCAUUAAGAUUGUGCUUCAGUUUUGCAAAGAAAACUCCUUGCACCAAACAUUUCAAACAUUACAGAGUGAGUGCCAGGUCUCUUUGAAUACAGUAGACAGCCUUGAAACAUUUGUUGCUGACAUCAAUAGUGGAAGGUGGGAUGCAAUCUUGCCUCAAGUGGCACAGCUUAAGCUUCCUAGGAAGAAGCUGGAGGACUUGUAUGAACAGAUUGUUUUGGAAAUGAUUGAGCUUAGAGAGUUGGAUACAGCACGUGCUAUAUUAAGGCAAACUCAAGCCAUGGGUGUCAUGAAACAGGAGCAGCCUGAAAGAUAUUUGCGGCUUGAGCAUCUCCUAGUCCGUACUUACUUUGACCCACAUGAGGCUUAUCAAGAUUCAACGAAGGAGAAGCGUCGUGCCCAAAUUGCUCAAGCUCUUGCUGCUGAAGUUACUGUGGUGCCACCAUCGCGAUUAAUGGCUUUGAUUGGUCAGGCUCUAAAGUGGCAGCAGCAUCAAGGUUUACUGCCCCCAGGAACACAGUUUGACUUGUUUCGAGGAACAGCUGCAAUGAAACAGGAUGAAGAUGAUAUGUACCCAACAACUCUUGCACACACUAUAAAGUUUGGAAAGAAAAGUCAUCCAGAAUGUGCUCGUUUUUCCCCAGACGGGCAAUUUCUUGUUUCUUGUUCUGUUGAUGGAUUUAUUGAGGUUUGGGACCAAAUAAGUGGAAAGCUCAAGAAGGAUCUUCAGUACCAGGCUGACGAUGCUUUUAUGAUGCAUGAUGAUGCUGUCCUUUGUGUAGAUUUUAGUAGAGAUUCUGAAAUGCUUGCAUCUGGAUCACAAGAUGGAAAAAUUAAAGUUUGGCGUUUGAGGACAGGCCAAUGUUUGCGUCGUCUUGAACGUGCACAUUCUCAGGGUGUUACAAGUCUUGUCUUCUCUCGAGAUGGAAGCCAAAUAUUAAGCUCUUCUUUUGACAGUACUGCAAGAAUUCAUGGCCUCAAGUCUGGAAAGUUGUUAAAAGAAUUUCGUGGACACACAUCUUAUGUGAACGAUGCUAUCUUUACAAAUGAUGGAAGUCGUAUUAUUACUGCCUCCAGUGAUUGCACUGUCAAGGUCUGGGACAUGAAGACCACAGAUUGUUUACAGACAUUCAAGCCCCCUCCUCCUUUGAGGGGAGGUGAUGCAUCUGUCAACUCUGUUCAUCUUUUCCCAAAAAAUACAGAUCAUAUCAUAGUUUGUAACAAGACAUCAUCAAUAUACCUCAUGACUCUCCAAGGGCAGGUAGUCAAGAGCUUCUCAUCUGGUAAAAGAGAGGGUGGAGACUUUGUUGCAGCCUGUGUAUCGCCGAAAGGAGAAUGGAUUUACUGUGUUGGGGAAGAUAGGAACAUGUAUUGCUUCAGCCACCAGUCUGGUAAACUGGAGCAUCUAAUGAAGGUACAUGAAAAAGAUGUCAUUGGUGUCACUCACCAUCCUCACCGGAAUGUGGUGGUUACAUACGGUGAAGACUGCACAAUGAAGAUUUGGAAACCGUGAAUUUUGUUUCCAUCGGAUUUCCCCACCCUCUUUGCAAAACGAGCUUUAAGCUAUUUUGUACUAUUUCUCAUUGGCAUCAUAGUACGGCUCUCUUUAUGAAUGAAGAGUUGACUGUAAUUCUUUUUGUUUUGAAACCCAAGGAAGUGUAUUUAUAUGGCUACUGAAUUUGUAAAAAAUGUAACAUCCAAAAAGGGGAAAAAAAGAACUUUGUAGGGAAUGAGAGUCAAA